AUGUUUCACACGCCCGCCGCGUACUCCGACAUGACGGCAGCAGUGGUGGCCUCAAGCAACACCGGUUCCUAUCAUCAGUCAGCAGCUGCGGCCGCUGCCGCCGCCGCCAAUGCACCCGUCUACGUGCCCUCGAGCCGCGCGCUACCCCACUCCCAGUACGGGGCACAUUCGGCCAACUUUUCCGCACAAAAUGGCUGGCCGACGGAUGGAUUCGGCACCACGCAUACGCAACUGCCGCCACAGUUCUACGCGCAGAACGUCAUGAUGGGCUCGUGGCGCGCCUACGACCCGACCGGAUUCCAGCGCACCUCGCCAUAUGACAGCGCAAUGGAUUUCCAAUUCGGCGAGGGAAGAGAGUGCGUGAAUUGCGGGGCCAUUUCAACACCGCUCUGGCGUCGGGACGGCACCGGCCACUAUCUCUGCAAUGCAUGCGGGCUCUAUCACAAGAUGAACGGUAUGAACCGUCCGUUGAUAAAGCCCAGCAAGAGACUGGUGAGUCAGACCGCCACACGACGGCUUGGCCUCUGCUGCACGAACUGCGGCACACGCACGACAACACUCUGGCGACGGAACAACGACGGUGAACCGGUGUGCAACGCGUGCGGUCUCUACUUCAAGCUACACGGCGUCAACAGACCUCUGGCCAUGCGCAAGGACGGCAUCCAGACGCGCAAACGCAAGCCCAAAAAGACGGGCGGUUCCGGUGCCUCGGACGUAAUGGCGCUGGUAGGUGCCGGCAAAAAGGACGAUGGUCUUGGCGAUGGUCUGCUAGGUACCGAUCGCAACGGCAACUCGAAGCAUCUGACGGGCAGCCCGAAAUCACAAGCCCUCGCUUCACCCACGCUCCGCUCUCUGCACAUGUCCCCGCACCACACGCAAUCCUACAACCUGCCGGGGUCGCUGGGUGCUGCGAGCCACCACGGUGCCACCGGAAGUGGUGCUCUUGGCUCGCUGGUCGGCAAGUACGACCUUUCGUCGGCCCUCUCGCCACCCGGAUCUCUUGGAAGUGUCGCCCCGGGAAGUAUCGCCAGUGUGGCGUCCUCAUCUCACCAACAGCACACCGGUCUAAGUGCGGCCGUGCACACGUACACGAGCCCCGGAGUGACGCAUCACAAUGGUCUCUCACCCGCCAACGGUUACAGCCACGUGGCGGCCAACAACGCCGGUGCUGGCCAACCGGGUGGUCCCGGAAACGCGCCAGGACCUGCGGGUGGACUCGCGGGUGCGACCCCAUUCGGGCAGAUCAAAUCGGAGACGAACGCACUCGGCGGGCCUGCGACCACACCGACCUCGACCGGAAACGGAUAUGGUGACUACAUGAACAACUGCCUGCAGAGCGGGUACUUUGGGGGUGGGUUUGGGUCGUUGCACUCCCACCACAGCCCACACCACGUGUCCCCUGGUGUUGGUGGAUCGGUGAAUGGAGCCACGCUGGCCCACUCACAUCAUAGCCAUGGGCCACACGCACACCCACACCAUCAUCAUCAUCACCACCACCAUCACCCGACGGCGGCUGAUUUGGCCGGGUAUCACCACCAGCACAACGUCAUCCAGGCGGCGAAGCUGAUGGCGUCCUCGUAG